AUGGUGAGUUUCGAAUCCAUUCUUAAUCUAGCGUCAAAAUCUGCACCCCAGGAAGAUGUAGAUUUUACACUACAAAAAGCACGUGUCGAGGAAGCUUUUGAAGAACUUUUGUUCGAUUUGGAAGCCCUGGAAAGAGUAGAACUACAUCUCAAGAAACAAAGGAAGGAUGGAGAACAAAUAUGGAAGAAGCUAAAACAGAUUGCGAUUGAUCCCAACGGGUAUUCAAAAUUCCAACAGUUCCUAAGAGAGCUGGAAAAAGAGGCAAAAGGUUUGGCAAAAUGUUCGACAAGCGAUUCAACAACUCAGUUAAUUCGCGAAACGAUAAACCAAGUUCGAACCAUUAGCGAAAAAUCUCUUCUACGCGCUCCGAGUCCUCCAAUAAUGAUAAAGAACCGUGCCGAGCAUGAAACAUUCCGCUAUGCACGUAUCAUAUCACUUCAGGAAACUAAAAUAGAGUCACUGAAUCGAAUGAUCGCCGAACACGAACGUAAGAUCCACGAUUGUAAAGCACAACGACAGCAACUCCAGCAACGUAGCGAGUCGGAAAAGGAAGAACAGUUGAACGCUUCGCAGCAAGUUCUGGUGGAUAUGAAAUUAGAAGGUGAUGUUAUUGUUAAGCGCCGGCAGGAUCAGCUGGCCAGCCAGCCAAACUUUGAAACCACACCGGAAUAUCUUUCCCUGCUCGAUAAACGUGAGCUUAAGCGGAAACGUAUCGCCAAGAUGGAUGUCCAGCUGCAACUUUGGAUAAAGAAGUAUGACAAGUUCAUAGGAGAACCGAUGCCGUCUUUGCUGGAUCUGGAAGAUCGAAUGGCCGGGCUCGACGAGUGGAGAGAUACCGUGCUCCGUCCGCAGGAAGAAUGUUUACAUCAAUUGCGCGAACAGAUCGGUGUAUUCGAGACGAUCGAGUUGGAAGAGAAAAUUGAGGAAAUGCGUAAACUGCACGCAGUACGAGUGUUGCAACGCGCUUGGAAGCAAACGUUGGCUAUAAAGCUGGCGAAGAAAAAGGGUAAAAAGGGGAAAAAAGGAAAGAAGUGAAAUAGUUAGCGAAAAGCGAUUCCGGGGUUUUUAUAUUUUCUGACCAAAUUCUAGCGUUUAUAUGUACGAUGUGCGCCUAUUCAACACGCAUGCACCGUUGCUAUGCCGGUGUCUAUGGUUACUAUGAAAUAUAGUUGAAGAACUUUUAGUGCAAAUAGG